CAAAAACUUAUUUCUUUGGUGUAUAACGGAUUCAAUUUCAUCUAUAUAUAUAUUUCCCUAAGCAUUUUCUCCCAUUUCAAAACUGUGCUCAUCUCACCAUUUUAUUUUUUUUUUCUUUUCCUUCGAGAUUCUGAAUUCUUUUUGGCUACAUCGGCUUAAUUUCUCACCUCCUCGAUUGGCCAGCAUAUAGGAAAUGUCAGCAUCCGCAGAGGUAGAAGUCAUCCCCUAUGUUCCUAACAUAACUAUAAGGGAGAUAAAACCCUCUGAUAUAGAAGUUCUUAAGAAGCUUCAUGAUGAUUUCUUCCCUAUCAAGUAUGAGGAUGAUUUUUUCCAAAAUGUCGUAAAACAUGAAAGUGGCAUGAAAUCGUGGGGAGCUGUUGAUAACAAUAGGCCCGACGGUGGAACUGAUGAACUUAUUGGAUUUCUUACUGCACAAUUUCUCCUGGCAAGAAAUUCUGAGGUGGGUAAUUUGAAGUUUGGACCAGAGCUGGGUGUACUUUAUAUAUCCACAAUUGGAGUCAUAAAAACUUAUAGAAGACAUGGAAUAGCGAGCAGUCUCAUCCGUGAGGCCAUAGAGUAUGCGUCGAAAAUCCCAACCUGCCGGGCAGUGUAUCUGCAUGUGAUCUCUUACAAUCAAGAGGCUGUGUCCUUUUACGAGAAAAUGUCAUUCAAGAAUGCAGGAUUGCAGGAAAAAUUUUAUAACAUAGAAGGACAGGAUUAUGAUGCAUACUUGUUCAUAUACUACUGCGUCAAACCUGGCGGCGGCGGCUGCUGUUCUUCCUGCUCAAUCCUUUAACUUAUUUACGUGUACCGUGUAUGUACACCAUGCAUCCAGCUCAAGAUUGGAUAAUCGGAGUUACUCUAUUUGAAUGAAUAAUUCAUGAUCACCACU